CGAGAUCACGCGAGACCACGACGAAGCGAACGCGCCAGAAACAGAACGCUGUGCGUGCUAUUGUGAGAUUGAAGAAACAGAAAAGUAGGGUUGUUUGGAUACCGUUAUAAUAUUUCAGGAUCUAACAAAUCAUAAUGAGCAAAACUAAGGAGGCUACCACAACAGACAAUGAAGCAGAAGAAGAAUUUAGUGUGGAGAAAGUUUUAGAUAGAAGAGUUGUGAAGGGAAAGGUAGAAUAUUUUCUCAAAUGGAAAGGAUAUUCGAAUGAUGACAAUACUUGGGAGCCGGAGGAGAAUCUAGAUUGUCCAGAUUUGAUCGCACAAUUUGAAGAACAACGAAAAAAGAAGGAAGCAGCUGCAUCUGGGAAACGUCAUGAAGAAAAGGAACAGAAAAAACGAAGAAAUACCAGCACACCAACGCCCACUCAGGGUAAUAAGAAAAAAUCAAUAGUGGAAGACAAGAAGGCGGAAGGUAAAGGAGGAUUUGAUAGAAAUUUGGAGCCAGAGCGCAUUAUCGGCGCAACAGACUCCAGCGGCGAAUUGAUGUUCUUGAUGAAAUGGAAAGGAACAGAUGACGCGGAUCUGGUUCCUGCGCGCAUAGCAAAUGAAAAAUGUCCACAGAUUGUAAUCAAAUUUUAUGAAGAACGACUGACAUGGCAUAGCCCUGCUCAUGAUGAGGAAAACUCCACAAAACCCGAUCCGGAGUAGCGUUCAGCCUUUCGAUAUGCGUACACCGCACGUUUUAGAAUAUGUCGCAUUUAGCGGCGUAUUGACAAAAAAAAAAAGAUUGAACAACCCGAAAAAACUUAUCUGUCGUCGUUGCACAUUGCAAAUUAACAUAGAUUUAACAUUUUUUUACGUACAUUGCAAAUAAAUAUAGAUUUAAACGGUU